AUGUCUUCAAGAGACCCUUCCAUCAAUGCCAUCCACCCCAAAACAAACACUCCCUCCACCGAGUCCAAGGAUUCAGCUGCUCCCUUGUUAAAGAACUCCUCCCACCCAACUCCACAUGGGCCGUCUACAGCACAUUCCGACAGCGAUCCAACCACAAAGCAUCGAAAGAGAGAUUUUUGGAAAUUCAAAAAGCCAGACGAAGAGAAACAGCAGCCAAAGGGCAAACCCGUCGUCGACAUCAGCCCACGACUUGGGCUGAGCCCGGCAUCUCCCAUCAAGUCACAAGAUGCAUCCGCCGGGCCUGUUUCGCCUGGUCGCACCCUUCCAUAUGCACUUCCAGCGUCCCCCAGCAUUGGAAUUCACAGUCCAUCUUCCAGACCACAAUCACCCGCCUCAUCCAUGAUCUUCGAGCGAAAUGUCCAGGAAGAUGUUGUUCUCCCAGAGACGUCCCCUCAUCUUCCCUCACAUGUUAUCAUGGAGAACCACAUCGCACCCGCUCUGGACGCCUCAGCUGCUGCAAUUACCAAUGAGAAACUAGACCCAGAUACCGUGGAAAUUGUAACCCAUGCAACCCAUCAGUCUGCUGCCGUGACCAUCACCGGCGUCGGCGCCGAGCAUUCUUUGGCGUCUUCAGUCACCGAGGAUUUCCCACCCACUUCGCGACAGGAACCUGACGAGACCUCGAAUUAUGGUUCGGUGGAUCAAACUGAUGUCCGCCGUUUGAGCUUUAUCUCCUUCGCCGACGUGGUUCACGGCGAGCAAGAGCUGGUAGAGGGCCGCCGUGAUUCAGCUCACCUCUCAGGCCAUCACAGCAUUGUGGUCCCUCGAUCACCUUCACCCAUUCGAUCCCCUACCUCUUCGGCAGCGUUUGGGACGUCCCCGCCCACCAGUGUUACUGCAUCAGUCAAGGGCUUUGAAACAUCACCGCACCGUGCUCCGAGAGGCACAGGAAGCCCAUUGCCCGGCCAAAGCUCGCCUCUGGCACUCGGCAGUGAGAUCAAUGUGGAAACCAUGAGGCAGGCAUUACGGAAGACUGGCAGUGGAGAUCUCAGUCAUUUCCGAAGCCCCCCUGUCAGCGCCAUUGGGAACGACGAUGGCACGUAUGAACGACCUUUCCGGUAA